AGUAGGAAGUGGCCGAAGUAUGGCCGAUCGUGUAGUCAUAUGGACAUAAAUAAAGGCUAGACACAUAAACGAUCGGUCCCAUUUGACCGGUGUUGAUCGCUGCUAGCGCUGUAGAAGAACAAUUGAGUUCCCGCUAAAGUGUCUGUGUUUGAAAAUAGUUUAGUGAAUAAAUUUUGCGAGCAUGUGGUUCGUCCUGAUAUCUGUGGCUAUCGUGGCCAUUACUCUGUUGAUUCGCAGACACUUUACCUACUGGGAGCGUCAAGGUAUACCGAGCGACAAGCCGGUUAUACCCUUCGGGUCGUUAAAGGACACCGUUUUCGGUAUAAAGGAUGUCGGUUCCGCGAUUCACCAUCUUCACGAACGCUACAAAAAGCCAUUCGUCGGAAUUUAUCUGCUGUUCAAACCAACCCUGCUGAUAACCGACCUCGAGCUGGCACGACAAGUUCUAAUUCAAAAUUUCGUGAGCUUUCACGAUCGCGGCAUUGAUUCAACUGUAAGCCCAGAUCUUUUCUCGAUGCGCGGUGCAAGUUGGAAGAAUCUGCGUAGCAAACUGACACCACUUUUCUCGAGCGGCAAGCUAAAGGCUAUGCUGCCGACAAUCAACGAUGUUGCAGCCAAGCUACUAAAUCACUUAGAUGAACAGUUGGUUUUUAAGAGUGUAGUGGAGGUCGAGAUGAAGGACAUGAUGUUCACCUAUUCGCUCGAUGUCAUUGGUUCAGUAUUCUUCGGAAUGGACGUUGACAGCUUCAAAAAUCCAAAAAACGAAUACCGAACAGUGAUUGGAGAAGUGCUUUCGCCUUCAGCUUGGCUGGACAGGAUAAAAUCGGUGUCGUUUUUUGUUUGCCCGCCUCUAUCGACAUUCAUGGAAUAUUGCGGCUAUACACCCAACGGAGUCCUGGAAAUACGCGAAAUUAUCAAACGCGUGGUGAAUUUACGCGAGCAUAAAAAUGUUGUGCGUCGUGACUUUAUUCAGCUACUUUUGCAAUUGCGCAAUUCAAAUAAGAUUACAGAUGAUGACAAUUGGAGUUUGGAGAAGGCAUCGGAAGAUGCCAAGUCCAUGUCCAUCGAAAUGAUCGGCGACCAGUGCUCACUUUUUUCCAUUGCGGGUACUGAGACCACGGCCGUUACGGCGGCCCAUACACUCUACGAGCUUUCUAUGUACCCAGAGCUUUUAACAGAAGCUGUGGCAGAAGUUGACUCUGUCUUAAGCAGACAUGGCCUAGAGCCAAGUGACCCACUCACUUACGAGGCCAUACAGGACAUGAAGUUCUUAGAACUCUGCACUAUGG